UUUAAUUCACAUGUAAAAUUUUCUAUUUCACACACACGCAAAAUGACGAAUGGAUUGCUUCUUUAUCUGUGAAAAGGCAAAGUGGAUAUUGGAGUAAAGAAACAGCAAACGUACUAUUGUUGUCAACAGCAACGAAUGAAAACAUAAUUUUGAUAAAGAGUGACGACUUCCGUGUUGCAUACGUUGUGAUUGAAAUUAAUGGUGAAAACAAAACGUUGAAUAUAAAAUGGGUGAUAUGGAGGGUGACUUAGAACACCAGGCUCAUGCACUGGUGGAUAGAGUGAUCAGUAAUGCCAGGAGGCGUUUAAUUACUGAGAUGGGAUUGAAACAGACUGGCAGUAGACCUGAAUCGACUACUAUAAGAGACUAUGAUAGUCUGCUUUAUUCUGAAUGGCCUGAGUAUGACAUUAAAAAUAUUCAGUGGAUGAAAUGUGAACAAUUCACAGUGGAAAAAGGAAUACAGAAAAUUGAGGAAUUCAUAAAACAAACAUGGGAAUAUCAAGGUGCAUGGUUAUAUUGUAUAGAUUUUCUUAGAGAAGAAGAUGAUAAAUACAGUAAAAUAUAUCGUUAUCAAGUCAGGUGGAGUAUUCCAACACGAAGGAAACCAAUCCCAAGAGCUACAGCUUGUGUUUAUUUCACAAUAGAAGUUUCUAAAAUUAAACCCGGUCAUUUUCCGGUUGAUGUUUAUUAUGUUUUUGAAGGCAAUAGACUUGUACACAAACCAGGAAACUCCAGAUUUCGAGAGAAAUGGCUGAAGGAUAUUAUUGACAGUAAAAUCAUUAUGAUGGAAGCAGUUACAUUUUAAUGUCAUUGUGUAUACUGUAAUGUAUAUGUACUCUGAACUUUGCCAAGAGGCAUUGUGUUUUACAGAAAAACAAAUCCUACGGGG